UCGAUUUUCGCGGCGUGGCCUAGACGUGAAGAUUGUUUCUUUAUCUAUUCAUUCUGGCAGCGCGCAGGUGAACUUUCAUCGGGCUUUCGAACUGGAACCUGAAGUUUAAAAGCAAACAAGUUUAAAGGGACGCCUCGAGUUUACAAACUCGACAGGGAAGAACAACGACUCCCCGGCACUGCGGAAGGAAGUUCAGCGCGAUGGCUACUCAGAGCAGGUAAAGAACGCGGAAGCUUGAGAAGUCAGCGUCAAACCGGUGCCAUUAGCCUGAAAACCACUGGCCGAGUAGAUACCCUACUGUUUUUCAUAGCCUGCCGCGUUGCACCGUUGGCAAAUCUGUCCAUUGACGUCCGCGUCGGUGAUUCCUUUAGGGACUUCUCUUUAUAUGCAUUUGUCGAAGCCACUAAUGUGUGAGGCCAGCUAGUACGGUGAAGCUCAAGGGAGGACUUGCACGCUCGUGUCACGGGAAGCUUUGCAAAAGGAACAAGCACUGUUCAUCCUGCUCGUGUCAAUACUACAGCUGUGAAGAAGUCGCAGCUCUAAUUCGCUGUUGUCAUUCAACCGACCGCUAACGAAGUCUCCAGCCGUGGCAUCGUGCCGUCCAGGUCUGCGGGACAAUCCGCGCAUGCGCUUCAACCAGUAAGCCUUCCUCCGAACGAAGAAUCACUUAGACGAAUCGUGCAAUCCCUGUAGUUAGCAUAGAUAAUUCUCGCUGCGGCCAUUUGCAUAGUAGAGAGCUCGUAACUGGUGCCUCUGGAUUCGCUACGUAAUAUGGCAAAUAGCAUGCGUAUCCGCACUGUGUAGGGUAGGUCAGGAAGUCUUGGCGUAGCACUGUAUUCGAGGUUGAGUACGCCAAACAGCUAAGUUACCCAGAGAAACAAAGUAUUAGACACAAGGAAAAAAAAAAAAAAAAGGGCGACCUACACGGUUCGUCGAGCAGCACAAGCACCAUGGCAGCGACCGUGCACGUGGCCGAGUACGUCGUGUUCGGCGUGCUCAUGCUUUCGAACAUUCUGGUCGGCCUGUACUUCUCGUUCGGCCGCCGCUCUCGGGACGGCGGCGCCAGCGAGGCGUUCCUGGGGGGUCGCAGCCUGGGUGCGCUUCCCCUGUCCCUCUCUGUCCUCGCGUCCCUGGUGACUGCCGUCGGCGUGGUCGGCCUGACGGCGCACUUCUACCGCUACGGGCUGCACCUGCUCUGGGCUUCGGUCACCGUCUUCUGCCUGGUGCCGUUCAUCGCUCGCAUUGUGGUGCCCGUCGUCUACAGGCUCAGGGUCACUUCCGUCUUCGAGUACCUGCGGCUUCGCUUCGGGAACAAGGUCGGAGUCACUGCUUGCGCCUGCUACUUCGUCUUGAACCAAAUGCAAGGAGCAAUCAGCAUCUUUGCAGCGGGAGUCGCCGUGUCAAUGUCUUUCCACCUACCGCUUAUGUGGAGCUGCGUGGCCAUCGGUUUCGCUGGCACCCUUUACACAGCGAUGGGUGGUCUCCGUGCCGUGGUCUGGGCUGACGCCGUGCAGGGCGUGCUCAUCCUUGUAUGCCCGCUUACCAUCUUGGUGAAGAUCCUGUACGACUCUGUCUACGAUGCCUCAGCCGACGCAUCAGUCGCCAGGCGCCCCUUCGGCGACAUCAACAUGAAGCCCUACAUCUUUCGGGCGAGCCUGGACUUCACCACCGACGAGAACGUGUGGUCGUGCUCGGUGGGCCUGCUGUCGGGCCACAUCUACCGGAUGGGCAUGGAUCAGAUGGUGGUGCAGCGGUAUGCAGCUGCCAGGUCGCUGCCAGAAGCACAGAGGACGGUGAUGGCGGGAAGCGUGCUACUGGUGCUGUCCACCACCUUCCUGGGAGUGGUGGCCAUGGCUCUGGUCUACUGGUACCGCGAUUGCGACCCUAUACUCUCUGGCACCAUCCACAAAAUCGAACAGCUGAUCCCGCUAUACGUGCACACGAGGCUGUCUGGUAUUCCUGGCUUCUCUGGGUUGUUUCUUACCGGCGUCGUGAGUGCCACGCUCAGUACCGUGACCUCCGCUGUGAAUUCGCUCGCGGCUACCGUCUACGUGGACAUGAUGGCUCCAUACAUGAAGAUUGAAGAACGCUGGGUCAACGUGAUCACCAAAGGACUCGCCUUUGCCUCCGGACUGCUGAUGACUGCGCUGGCGCUGGCUAUACCGUACAUUGGUUCUGCAGUGCGGGUAUUCAUGGUGAUGCACAGCAGUGCUUCGGGACCAUUCGUCGGCAUCUAUCUGCUGGCACUGGCUUUCCCGUGGGCCAAUACAAAGGGCGUCGUGGUGUCGGCGUCUCUUACCACGGCCUUCCAGCUGUGGGUGCUGACGGGGAAGCUCUUCAACGGCGUCCGACCAGCUGUCAUGCCGAUGACGCUCGACCACUGCCCCGGAAACGCCACGGUGCUCGCUGCCACCUUCGCAUCAAAGAUGGCAGCCGCUGCAGCCGCCGCCAAGCGUGACGUCUUCCCGCUCUACCUGCUGUCCAGCUAUUGGAGCGGCCUCAUAGCUGCCCUGUUGACCAUCGCCAUUGGACUCACAGUCAGCGCCGCCACAGGAGGCAACAAGAACACUGCUAAACACAUCCCCCUCACGAGUGAGGUCUUCCUCCGACUCUGGGCUAAGGCAAAACUUCUCAAGGAGCCCGAAGAGGAAAAAGCGCAAGAAGAGCCCCUCAAACUCCUCGACAUCUCGGAGUUGGGGGCAACGUCUUUCACAUAGAACGAAUCCUUUAACCUCUCUAGACCCGCCCAGACUGGCCGGUGGAAGCUCGCCAAGAUCAGACGAAGUGUAUAGAGAAAAAAAAUUUGGCGCAGAACUUCGUGCGCCGGAGAUACAGUGAGGCAAUCAGAAAGACAAAGUUCACUGACAAUAGCGCUAAAUUUUCGCAGAUGCUAAACUUCGGCUUUUGCAACGUUAUGACUGUACCUUAGCAGACACGACGAAAAAAGAAAUGUUAACGACUUUACAACUUCACUUCAGCAUUAUAUGCAACCUUUAUUGAGAAAGUGACUUCCUUUUAUAAAAGCGCGCACAAAAGCUUGUCACGAAGUCUUCCUGCGUAGUAUGGUCGUUGUAUAGCUGGGCUUCUCAGACGCGUAACUACAUCAAACGAUUGCAAACAGUUCUCCGGGCUCGUACCUUCGUAGAGGUCUCGGAGGGGGCAUGGCGUUUUUAAAACUACUUAUGCGAUGUUUUUCCUUCAAUUUUCAUGACAUGAGCACGAAUCUCUCAUCUCUCCUUUGGUUCAUUCCCUCUCACAGUCAUAACCAUAAUCGGUACACUACCACCAGUACCAGGGUAAAUGCGAGGAUAAUAAAUUUACCCAGGCUACUUAAUAAAGUGAACAAGAACAUAUUAGGCGAAAACCUCUGGAUUGCAUGCAACCGUACGAGAAUAUUCAAGGAUGCAACUUCAAGUUACCUGCUGUUCAAGAUUGUACAUCUAACCGAACGAGAGGACAUUUCCCACCAACAAGCACAGCAGGAAAUUUUUCCACAGAUUUGUUGCUUAUAGUCGCCUCUUCCUUCCUGACAUAUUCAUAAUCAAAGGUAAUUAACCAUGAUAAAUAAAGUAUGCGAUUUAGGCUAUAA